UAUGACCCAGACCGUUUCUUAUUUUGUGCCGAAGCUAUUUAUAAAGCACAAGCUGAAACAGGUGAAAUCAAAGGGCAUUACUUGAAUGCUACUGCGGGUAAUUGCGAAGAUAUGAUGAAAAGGGCUGUAUUUGCUAGAGAAUUGGGAGUUCCUAUCGUAAUGCAUGACUACCUAACAGGUGAAUUCACUGCAAAGACUAGCUUGUCUCAGUAUUGCCGAGAUAAUGGUCUACUUCUUCACAUCCACCGCGCAAUGCAUGCGGUUAUUGAUAGACAGAAGAAUCAUGGUAUGCACUUCCGUGUACUAGCUAAAGCGUUACGUAUGUCCGGUGGAGAUCACAUUCAUUCCGGUACCGUAGUAGGUAAACUUGAAGGGGAAAGAGAAAUCACUUUGGGCUUUGUUGAUUUACUGCAUGAUGAUUUUAUUGAAAAAGAUAGAAGUCGCGGUAUUUAUUUCACCCAAGAUUGGGUCUCUCUACCAGGUGUUCUGCCUGUAGCUUCGGUGGGUAUUCACGUUUGGCGUAUGCCUGCUCUAACCGAGAUCUUUGGGGAUGAUUCCGUACUACAGUUCGGUGGAGGAACUUUAGGGCACCCUUGGGGUAAUGCACCUGGUGCCGUAGCUAACCGAGUAGCUCUAGAAGCAUGUGUACAAGCUCGUAAUGAGGGACGCGAUCUUGCUACUGAGGGUAAUGAAAUUAUCCGUGAGGCUACCAAAUGGAGUCCUGAACUAGCUGCUGCUUGUGAUACUUGA